UUUAAUUGUCAAAAGUGUUUGAGACGUUGAGCCGAGUGGAUGGCAACAGUGCGUCUGUGAAUGUAGAACGAACUAAUAAAUAGAAAAAGGUGGAGAGACAAAUCCAAUUGGGAAAAAAUCAAUGAAAAAAGUGGUUUAAAUAGCAUAAAAAUGUGAAAAUAUUGUAUACAAAUUGAAAUUAAACUGUUAAAAACCUGUUUCCGGUUGGUUGGAUAAAUAAACAAUUUUGCAUGCAACAGAAAACUUCAAGUUGUGCUGUAGAAAGAAGCAUUGAUUUGUUACAAAAGACGCAUUGUGAAUUCAGGUUUUUGCUUUAUUUAUUGUAAUAACUCCACGCGCAGCAUUGCAUUGCUCCAAUUUCUUCUGACGACAUUUCUGUGUGUGCGUGACAAUGUAGCGUCAUCCAGCGCCCAUCAACACCUAUUUCGACAGUGAAAGUAUUUCCGUGAAUGCGACGUGUACUACAUUCACUCAGCGCUAUUCAAAACUUGCAUAUACAUGCCCAUUCACCUAUCCAUAUACAUAAGUUUGUAUAUAUGUACAUACGUACGUCUUUGCAGUUUCCUAAUCGCUUUAGAGCAGCGCUGAGGCGUAAAAUCUUGCCACAAGUGCAGCGUCGCCAGUAGCGGCGACGUUAGAUGCACACGAAAGCAUUGUUUUUGCAACAGCUUAUGAGACGGUAUGUGCAAGUUUUACUUUGAUUUUUAUUAUUGUUGUCGCAGCGUCACCUCUUACGCGUCCUUGAAUUGACGAUUGGCGCCAGGGACUUUUGCGGCCAUUGGAUUUGGUGAAAGAAAGACUUUUUCCGCCGGAAACAGUCGAAUAUGCAAUGAAGCGUUUGCUUUCAAGCAAAAGCAAAAACAAACAAAACCAAUAAUGCGCUUUUCCUAAGAACAGUGCUGCCAACUUCAUUGAGUAUUAACGAAUAUUGUAGGUGAGGAAGUCUGUGGAGGUGUAACCUGUUGGCUAACUGUUAGUUCAAUUGCAAAAAAAAAAAACACGUAAUUGGAACAAAAGUAAAUAAAUAAAAAAAUCGAAGUUAAAGUGAGAAACCAAAAGCACUCGUAAUUAAAAGUGACGAAAAAUCGAUUUUGCUCAUUUCUUUCUUCACAUAGCGAUGGCUACAUCACUGCAGUCAGUUGACACGCGUUGAACUAGUUGUGCUUACGGCGGAUUUAGCUCAAAAAUAAUCAAAUCGAAUAAUAAGUUACAAAUACAGUUUGAGAAAUAUUAACUAAAACAGUGAACAAAUAUAAAAAAAUAAAACAAAAAAACUUUUUAAAAUCGCCGCGUUACUCAGACGUCUCCACCUCUUGCCGCACGCAUGACUCAUCCGUUUCGUAACUGAUCCCUAUUGGACAUUGCCAGUAGCUUAUAGCUGCUGAGGCUACCAGAGAACCACGAAACUACACACAUAAAUAAAACGUGUCGUCGUGUUUUGGAAAAUGAAAAGUCAUAACAAGUAUGCAAAAUUACCCCAAGAUUUAGAUUUAAGUUUCCAGGAGCAAUUGGAUGUGGAUGCGGGAGCAUCGGAUGAAUUUAAUUUGGCAGCUGGCAUUGGAUUGGUAGACGAUACCGACGACGACGAACGCGUCACAACAGCUAGAGCUGGCGAUACAAACGUAGCCAAAACAGUGGAGGGGCACGUUUUCGACGACGAAGAAGACGAAAUUGUUAUAGCAACAGCUUUGAGCGGUGCGGGCGGCGGUGGUACUGCAGGUACACGUGCAAAUGUUAGUGGCGGCAGUGCAGUAGGCUUACGUGCGCACACGUCAGCUAGUAGUGGCGAAAAGAAGGCUCGUGGUGGUGGUGGUGGUGGUGGUGGUGUUGCAGUUGGUUUGGGCAGCGACAGUGUAAUCGAGACGGGUUCUACCCUAACGCCCGAAAUGUUGCUAACAACGUCCGAAUCAUCGACGUACAGCGCCUCCGAGGUUGCCGGUCGCCUGCAGGUGGACAUACGUACCGGUCUCAAAUGGACCGAGGCUAAGUAUCGUUCGAAAAUUAUCGGACACAAUGAGUUGAAUGUGAAUGAAGAAGAGCCGACAUGGAAGAAAUAUAUUGAGCAGUUUAAAAAUCCACUUAUACUGUUGCUGUUGGGCAGUGCGCUUGUUUCGGUGAUUAUGAAACAGUAUGACGAUGCUGUGAGCAUAACGAUAGCCAUUAUUAUUGUGGUAACAGUCGCCUUCAUACAAGAGUAUCGCUCGGAGAAGAGUUUGGAGGAGUUGAAAAAGUUGGUGCCACCCGAGUGUCAUUGCCUGCGCGAAGGUCGUCUUGAUACUUUUUUAGCGCGCGAGCUCGUGCCUGGCGAUGUGGUGUACUUGAAUGUAGGCGAUCGUGUGCCAGCCGAUGUGCGGCUCUUCGAAGCAAUCGAUCUCUCGAUAGAUGAGUCGAGUUUUACGGGUGAAACGGAGCCAGCGCGCAAGAGUACAGAACUCAUAUUGAGCAGUGCGACCAAUAAGGAUCAUACGAAUAUGAAAAAUGUCGCCUUCAUGGGCACGUUGGUGCGCUGUGGCAACGGCAAGGGUAUUGUGGUGAGCACCGGUGAGCGCAGUGAGUUCGGGGAGGUAUUCAAGAUGAUGCAGGCUGAGGAAGCGCCGAAAACACCACUACAAAAGUCAAUGGAUAUACUCGGCGCACAGCUGAGCUUCUACUCAUUCCUCAUUAUUGGUGUAAUCAUGCUUUUGGGUUGGCUGCAAGGCAAACCACUAACGGAAAUGUUCAAUAUCAGCGUUUCUCUCGCUGUCGCCGCCAUACCCGAAGGUCUGCCAAUUGUGGUCACCGUAACGCUAGCACUCGGUGUGAUGCGAAUGGCCAAGCGAAAUGCCAUUGUCAAGAAAUUGCCCACGGUGGAGACGCUCGGCUGCGUGAAUGUCAUUUGCUCCGACAAAACGGGCACUUUGACGAAGAACGAAAUGACAGCGACAGUCAUCAUCACAUCGGACGGCUACAUGGCCGACGUUACGGGCGCUGGCUAUAAUGACCAAGGCGAGAUACAUAUACGCAAUUGUAACAACGUCGAAAUGGCUAAGGCAAACAUCACCAAUUUGCUGGAAAUAGGCGCUGUCUGCAAUAAUGCUUACAUACAAAAUGGCACACUACUCGGUCAGCCGACAGAGGGCGCACUCAUCGCCGUGGCUAUGAAGAAUGGCAUGUAUGCCACGGCCGAGAAUUAUGUGCGCAUACAGGAGUAUCCCUUUUCGUCGGAACAGAAAAUGAUGGCUGUCAAGUGCAUACAUAAAUACAACAAUAAUAAAGAGGAGAUUUUCUUCGCCAAAGGAGCUUUGGAAAUGCUUUUACCACAAUGCACGAAAUACAUGUUCGGCACACAAACGGUACCGCUAACCAAACAAAAUGAGGCGGAAUUCUUGGCAGAGGCAUACGAAAUUGGCCGGAAGGGCUUGCGUGUGUUGGCUUUGGCUAAGGGACGCAGCUUACAGGAUCUCAUCUAUUGUGGUCUCGUGGGCAUAACCGAUCCGCCGAGGCCGUUGGUACGUGAGUCCAUUGAGAUGCUGAUGCAGAGUGGUGUGCGCGUUAAGAUGGUCACGGGCGAUGCACAGGAAACGGCCAUGGCAAUUGCAAAUCUCAUUGGCAUUGAUACAAUUCAUCAGCAAACACUCUCUGGCCAGGAGAUGGAUCAACUGAAUGAACAUCAGCUGGACAAGGUUGCCAAUAAUGUGAGUGUUUUCUAUCGCGUUACACCACGCCACAAGCUGGCGAUUGUGAAAUCCCUACAACGCACGGGAAAUAUUGUCGGCAUGACCGGCGAUGGUGUCAACGAUGGUGUUGCUUUAAAGAAGGCUGAUAUUGGCAUAGCUAUGGGCAAGAAUGGCACGGAUGUAUGCAAGGAAGCUGCCGAUAUGAUACUAGUCAAUGAUGAUUUUCAUACUAUAAUUGCCGCCAUCGAGGAGGGAAAAGCGAUUUUCUACAACAUUCGGAAUUUCGUACGUUUCCAAUUGAGCACAUCUAUCGCCGCUCUCUCAUUGAUCGCACUCGCAACACUCAUGGGAAUUGCCAACCCUUUGAACGCUAUGCAAAUACUCUGGAUCAAUAUCAUUAUGGAUGGCCCACCAGCGCAAUCGCUCGGCGUCGAACCCGUCGAUCAUGAUGUACUCAAGCAAAAGCCACGCAACGUCAAACAACCGAUGAUAACGAAAUCAGUGAUCGUGAAUGUACUGCUAAGCGCUAGCAUCAUUGUUCUCGGCACGUUGUGGGUAUUCCAGCGUGAAAUGGCCGAUGGUACGAUGGGUAAAACGAAACGCGACACCACCAUGACAUUUACAUGUUUCGUCUUUUUCGAUAUGUUCAACGCAUUGGCGAGUCGUUCGGCCACUAAGAGCGUUUUCAAGAUCGGCUUGUGUACGAAUCGAAUGUUCCUACUCGCUGUUGGUUUCUCGAUUAUCGGCCAAAUGUUGGUCAUCUAUUUUCCGCCAUUACAAAUGGUAUUCCAAACGGAAGCGCUCUCUGCCUACGACAUACUAUUUUUAGUGUCGCUCACAUCGUCGGUGCUGAUCGUGGCGGAGAUUAAGAAGUGGUUCGAACGCACAAUGGAACGUAAGAUGUACAAGACACGCUCCGAGUUGGAUUUCGUAUGACAAAAAGCAAGCGCUGGAAGAAAAUCGUCAAACGUUAAGAAUGAUUAAGCUUAGCAAAGUACACACAAACAAACAAACCACAAACAAACAACACACAGCAAGGUGCAAAGGACGGAGUGAGUGAAGUGUGCAGCGAACAGAACAGAACACAGGGCGGGCAUACAAGGCGGUUUGCCGCAAAAGUAUGGAAAGUGGGGUUAGACAUGAAAAAAGAAAGAGAAAAAUUAAAAAAAAAAUCGAAAAUGUUUAGGGUAUAUUGGGCGUGUAAGUUUAAGUGAAAUCAACAAGAGAGCAAUGCAUAUGAAGUAAACUAAAAAAAAAAGAAAGAGAGAGAGAGAGAGAGAGAGCAAAACUAAUACACUACUUUAAAAUGUCUCUUUAUCUUUAUCUUCAUACAUGGUUUACUUUCCUUUUCGUAAUUAGUUCGUAUAUUUAAGUAUACUAAGGCGAAGUGACGUAUAAGUGAGAGAAUUUAGUUAACUAGCAUAAACAAAAACAAAGAAAUGGCGAGCAAUUGGAAGGAAGACCGUUCAAAGUGAGGCAAUGUGCUGAAAGUGUGCGACAGAAAACAGCGAAAACAAAGCAAAGCAAGCAAAAAGAGUAGUGCAAUUAAAUAAUAUUUUAAAAUAACUAAAAUCAAUGGUAUAAAAAAAGACAAUAUUUCUGGAAAAAAUAUAUUUUUCUGAAAAAUUGUUUUUAAACAAACUAAAAAAAAAUAUUGGGGCUAAGACAAAUAUUGUAUUCAAACUUCUGUAAAUUUUUUUUAAAUAGAUUGUCAUAAAUUUAAUAUAAUUUUUUAAAGUCAAUACUUCAUUUAUUCAUUUUUUUCUAUUUAAUUUAAAAUUUUCAGCAAAAUGUUGUUUUGCACAAUUUGUAUGCAGAAUUUUCAGUAAAAAAAAAUGCUUAGCUUUUGUUUUUCAAAAUACAUUUGAAGCUUUAAGUUUUUUAAGUACUUCUACUGCUUUUGUUGGCAUUCGCUUUAAGAGUGUUUCUCAGUAUUAUUAAGAAACUAGUAGAAUUAUAACACACAAAUGUCGAAUGCUCGAAAUUAUUAUUUUG